AUAGGCCAGUAGCACCAACGCCCAUGCAUGCUGGAGCAUACACUGGUGAGGGUGAGGAAGGGCUGGGUCCAUGGAUGCAGGGGACAAAUGACUGGUUCUGCCUCACAGGUCUGUUCUCAGAGUUGAAGCUGGCUGUGCCUUGGGGCCACAUUGCUGUCAAAGUCUGGGGCUCCCAGAAGAACCCUCCAGUUCUCUGCCUGCAUGGCUGGCUGGACAAUGCCAACUCCUUUGACAGGCUCAUUCCUCUUCUUCCACAAGAUUUUCAUUAUGUGGCCAUGGAUUUCGGGGGACAUGGACUCUCCUCCCAUUACAAGCCAGGUCUCCUGUAUAACCACCAAAAUUUUGUGAGUGAGGUCCGAAGGGUGGCAGCAGCAUUUAAAUGGACUCGGUUCUCCUUCAUGGGCCACAGUUUUGGUGGCACUGUGGGCGGCAUGUUCUCCUGCAUCUUCCCCGAGAUGGUGGACAAACUUAUCUUGCUGGAUUCGAUGCCAUGUGUUCUGGAUUGUAAUGAAACAGAUAACAUCGUGACCUACAAACGGAGGAACAUAGAGCACAUGUUUCAGGGGGAAGCUUCCCAGGAUUCCUUGAGGGUGUCCAGCAUGGAGGAGAUGAUGCAGAGGCUCCUGAAUAAAAAUAGCCACUUGAAUAAAGAGUGUGGGGAACUCCUGCUGCAGAGAGGAACCAGGAAGAUGGCCACGGGUGUGGUGUCCAACAGGGACCGGAGGCUGUCUGUGCCAGAGACUUGCUUUGACUUCUUGAGCAAGGAGAUGCUAGUGCACUUUAUCAGCCGCCUGCAGGCCGAUGUGUUGCUGAUCAGAGCAAAACAUGGGUACUACGAUGUGAGACAAGCCAACCAUGAGAAGAAGCCCCUGCUCAUAAUGGUGGACACACUAAGAACCGUCCUCAAAGAGCGGUUCCAGUAUGUGGAAGUCCCAGGCAAUCACUACGUCCACAUGAACGACCACCACCUUGUGGCUGGAGUUGUCAGCUCCUUCCUCCAGAGCCAACCCAGGACAACUUCAAGGAUGUAGCUCUGGUCUUGGAGCUUGUUCACACUGUCUGUCCAGCACCCUCAGCCCACAAAAGGUGGGAUGGGUCUCACUGGGCUCAAAGCCCAAGAGAGGCAGCAGAGAAUCCUGGGGCUGAGCUAGGGGAAGGGGGUAAAACGUUUCUGACCUUUGAUAUCUGACUUCAUGAAGGGGGCAGGUGAGCUGGUGACCCUGAGGGAGCAGGACUGGGCAUGGGUCCCUGGAGCUGGUCCUGGUCCCAGGCUGUGUGGCAAUAAAAUCCUCUCCCAUGUUAA